UUUACGACAGCUGAAUAUAGAAAGAUCGAUAUUUUAGAAUUUUUAUACAGGUAGGUAUCUACGUACGUACAGAUGUUAACUAUAAUUUAAAGUUUGUAGGGUACAAGAACAAAACAACGUUUAUAUUCAUAAACGUACGUGACGAGGCCACUUUAAUUUCACGAUCUCGUUCUUAUGUAUAAUAUAAUCUGUUUUAUUACUAUGGAUAUUACAAAUUUUAGUGGUUUAUCUUAUUCUUUGCCAAAUGUGAAGGAAAUUACACCACAUUCUCGUUCACAAAACAAAAACUCACGGAUGUUUUCAGAUCAAAAUAAAGUUCGUGACGUAGAAGAUCCAUUGCAAACGGUCAAGAUGGACCCCGCUGUAUUAGACGCCCAGGUCACCGUCAAUACGACCAAAGAAAAAAUUGUUAAACAACAUCUGAAUCACAAAUCAAAAGAAUGUACUCCACUACCGCUGACUUUCGACAAAAUGAUGAUGGUGCAAAAAACAGCUCUGUUUGAUUUGACACAAAACCAGUUCGAACUCUUGAUGAAAUUCACUGAGAUAUUACGGCAACAGAGACGAAGCAGUCAAAAGAGUAUGGAAUGUGCGUUUUGCAAGAAUAACGGUGAGCCAGUGUUCUGGUAUUCGAUGCACAAUUUGAAGGAUGGCAGAGGGCGAGUCUGAUGUCCGCUCUUACAAAACUAUAGGU